ACCCGUCAUUGAAUUUAAAUAUAUCCAACAUCCAUCCAAAAGUUUAUAAGAUUUAAAUUAUAUUUUAUCUUAUAUCGUAUUAAAUCAAUUAAAGUGCCUGCUUAAAUAAUAAUAAUAUUAAUUUUAAUAAGUGAGUUCGUAGGCUUAGAUAGUUACAAUCACUAUGUUUAAAAUAUCUUUUUUAUGAGUUAUUCUGUUCUCUGUGUCUUGGUUCCAGAGCUAUUUUUGAAAUGAGGGGUGGAACUCGUGGUGGUAGAUCUUCAAGAGGUGGACGAUCUGGUCCUUACAAGCCUAAAGUCUUCAUCCCUCGUGUGCCAUUUGAUGUUUAUGUUUGUGAAUCAUUUUUUCCACGUGUUAAACUUGCACCUGAUGAUAAUACAUUGACCCAGGCUAUUUUGAAAAGAAACCAAGAUCUGACAUCUACUGCUCAGGAGCAAACAUCUGUAUUGAAUCUUGUUACAAAAAUUCAAACUGUUUUGGAUAAUAUUGCAUUAUCCCCUGGAAAUUUUGAUGCAUGUCAAAUUGAAGAAGUUCGACAAGUUGGAUCCUUUAAGAAGGGGACUAUGAUGAUUGGAAAUGCUGUAGCUGAUAUUGUUACAAUUCUGAAAACUCUUCCUACAUUGGAAGCUGUCCACGCUCUUGGAAAUAAGGUAUUGGAUGAAUUGAAACUUAUUGAUCGCAAUGAAAUUUUGGCACUUGUCAUGAUUGAUGGUGGUUUUGAAAUUAGUUCCCCUGAGGCAUCAGUUAAAUGUCUCAUUACAACUGUUCCCCAAAAUCUAAGAAAAAUUGAUCCAGAAUUGCACUUGGACACCAAAAUUCUUCAACAUCACUUAGCUGCUAUUCGACAUGCUCGAUGGUUUGAGGAAAAUGCGCACCACUCAAGCAUCAAAGUUUUGAUCAGAUUGUUUAAAGAUCUUCGAAAUCGGUUUGAAGGACUCCAACCUCUGAAUCCAUGGGUUCUUGAUCUCCUCGCACACUAUGCUAUUAAUCAUCACCCUAGUCGUCAGCCAUUGGGUUUGAACAUUGCAUAUAAGCGUUGUUUACAGUUGCUAGCUGGUGGUCUUUUUCUCCCUGGUUCUGCAGGAAUUCCUGAUCCAUGUGAAGGAGGCACAGUUCGAGUUCACACUUCCAUGUCCUUGGAACAACAGGACCUUGUAUGUCUUACUGCUCAAACUUUGUUGAGAGUAAUAUCUCAUGGGGGUUAUAAGCAAGUGCUUGGUCUUGAACGUUUGCCCAAUUUGGCUACUGAAAUGAGCGUGUGGGAAGGAGUUGUUGUGUCCCCUCUUAUGAAAGCUUAUGAAAAACCAGCUGACAAAAAGGAGGAAGAAACAUCUGAGGAUAUGGAGCAGGAACAUGAUGACACCAUGGAAACUCAAGAUACAUAAUGCUGAAGUUUCAAUGUACACUUAUAUUUCAACAACUUUAUUCUGUAAAUAUCAAAACUGAAUUAUUGUAGCAUUUCGUAUCUCCAACUCAUCUUUUUUGUUUUUCAGUGAACAAAUUCUUGAAUCAUUUUUAAAAAUAUGAAAACAUUACAUUUUCCUGUGCUUCAGCCCUUCUGAUAAAAAUAAAGUAUAUCCAAAAUAA